ACUUGCAUUUGUUCAAUCUUCUAAUUUUCUGUUCUGAUUGAUACAAAACCUGAGAUGUCGAACAAAUUUUAUAUUUUUGGAGUUAUUUGCGUGAUAUUUGCUCUGGCUAUUUAUCAAUAUCAAAAGCAGGGUCGUCAAACGUUAAGCAUUGAGAAGAGGACUGCAUUUGCAUUGUGGAAAAUAAUAGAAAAUCGAACAAGCAGCUAUAGAAAAAUUGCUGUGGGGACAAAUGCAAAUAUUGAUCUGAUUGUAUCUGGUGUUGCACUACUUCGUGAGCUUGGUGUUGAGGAACGUGGUGCUGGUAAAGAAUGCAGUGAUAUCAGUUCUUUGGAUGUCUUAGAAGAAUGUUUCUCAUAUUUUAUGGACAAGGGAGCUGCUGCUGAACGACCAAUCACAACCCAGGACUUGAACUCACAAAUUAUUUCAGCAAUUUUGAGAUUACCGGAGGCUCAGACACAGCAUUUUGUGGGAGGAAAUGCUGCCUUGGUUGGUUUGAAAUUUACCAAAUUGCUCUCGGAAGCUCAGGUGAUGUUGUGUGGUCCUGUCGGUCCCAAAUUGGCAACAUUACUUCCGACGAGUAUCGUGGUUCCCGACAACUGUACGAUGACGGGAGACGAGAACCACCUGAUAUUGGAAUAUCAACGGCAAGAGAAAUGGGGAAAUAUUGUGGCGCCUGUUGCAAAUAGAUUUAUUAUGUCCCACGAUGUGGCAAACUCUGCUCUUAGUACACUCGAAGCGUUUAUUGAGGAGACAAUUGUGUUCAAGCCAAACCUUAUCGUUGUUUCUGGCUUCCACUUGCUUGACAGUCAAGAUUCCGAACUUUGGCAACAAAGAAUUACCGCUGCAGCCGUUGCUUUUUCCCGCCUUCCACGUUCGGUUCCAGUCCACUUAGAACUCGCCAGUAUGAGUCAAUGCCCUGUGAUGGUGGCUAUCGUUAAGCAGUUGUUUCCGUUGGUGAACUCGAUUGGUUUGAAUGAACAAGAGUUAACCUUUAUAUCAAGGUGUUUGGGAGGACGACAUGCCGAAAUGAGAGCAGUGAAAAAGGAAGAUGAAAUUGGCUUUUACAGUGACAUAGCAAGUUGGAUACUUGAGCAAUACGGCCUCAUUUCCCUAGAAAACUCGAGGUUAUCCCGGGUACAUUUUCACUGCUUAUAUGUACACAUUCUGGUCGUUGUACCCCAACACUGGAGCUCAAACGAAGCAAGCGUUGGCAAAGGGGCGUGGACAGCUUUUUCUCAGGCAUGUGACACUGAGGUCGCCGAUAAUGACAACGCUGAACUUAGAAUUCCAAGGGAGUUCAUCACCUCAUUGCUAUCACCAAAUACCAUCAAAUUUAAUUCGGAUGAUCCCAUUUCCGUGGUUUAUAACGAUGCGAUUAGGUUGCACAUUAGUCCAGUUUUAGUUUGUAAACGACCUCUUAAGACUGUAGGUUUAGGUGAUGCUAUAUCGGCGUCUGGUCUUUUGUAUAAUGAAUUUAAUGAGUAGAUUUAGUUAGGAAAUGUUUAAAUGUGACAGAUAAAUUAUAUCACACCCAAAAAUGUCCAUGCACCCACUCCAACCAACCUCAACUCAUCAACAUUGCUGCAUCAAAACGCCGUUGAACUGGCCUUAUAUAACCUCACAGCCGUCUUUGCGAAUACCAAGCACCGACAUAGAUAAAAUAUAUUGUGAAAAUCAUUUGUUCAUGCAAACGAAUUUUACUGUCAUCGUGCAUAAAAAUGCUUAUUUCAAACAUUUAUACACUUGUGGGUCCCAACAAGGUGCUCACAAAUUCAAGCUGUAAGUAUUGCAUUGUUAUAUGGGUAAUUUCAAUAGUUCUUUUAGAUACCCUGUACAACAAAUAAAAGUCCACUUAAUGCCAAAAUCAUAUGCGUGGUUACAAAAUCUUAACUCGUAAAAAAUAACUCUUUAACUAUAUUUUGCAUAGAGGUUUUAAGGGUCUUAAUUUCCAGUGGAAUUAUACACACUUCAAAUUCAAGCCAUGCAGGAACAGUUGAUGGAAAAAGGAGUCAAUUAUAUAGGUCCUCCGACAGGAAUCGAACCUACGCUUUUGCGAUGCUGGUGCGAUGCUCUUGCCACUGAGCUACAGAGGUAGCUGACAAGAGCAAGCGUGGUUAAUGUGUGUAUAGGAUGGUAAUGCCGGUAAUAGGUGAGGGUAAAUCGACUUACCGUUGAUCGUAAUUCGAUUUACCCUCACAUAUUUUGCAUAGUUAAAUCCUACUUAAACAACUCUGAUCGGCCAAUUAUGUCCUUAACUACAUGCAGUUAAAAGUUAAUAUAACUGGUCUUUUACACAACUGGCUCCUGCA